UCCAAACUACCAUGUAUGCUUCCAGUUGGUUCCUUACUCUCUAUACAACUUCAUUAAAUCUAAAUAUCUCAUCACGUAUUAUGGAUGUUUUUCUCAGCGAAGGCAUGGAAUUCAUAUUCAAAGUUGCCUUGGCUUUACUACUAUUGGGUAAAGAUACUUUACUCUCUUUGGAUAUGGAAGCUAUGUUGAAAUUUUUCCAAAAAGAAUUACCCAAAAAAGUAGAAGCUGAUCCAGAGGCUUUCUUUCAAUUGGCCUAUUCCAUUAAAAUCAAUACAAAACGUAUGAAGAAAAUGGAAAAAGAAUAUCAGGAUGUUAAGAAAAAAGAGCAAGAAGAAAUGGUGGAACUAAGACGUUUAAGAAGAGAAAAUCGUCUACUUAAGCAACGCAAUGAAUUGCUUGAGGCUGAGUCGGCUGAAUUGGCAGAUCGUUUGGUCAGAGGUCAGGUGUCAAGAGCCGAGGAAGAAGAGACUAGCUUUGCUAUACAAACCGAACUCAUGCAGUUGCGUCGUUCCUAUUUGGAAAUUUCGCAUCAAUUGGAAAACGCCAAUGAAGAGGUGCGCGGCUUAAGUUUGCGUUUACAGGAAAAUAAUGUACCCCUCGAAAGCGUAAGUAAUUUGGUUUAAUGGUUGUUUUUUAAA